AUGGCAUCGAGCCUCUUCUCUCCCCCGAGAAACAUCGACAACCCCGCAGCCUCGAUUUAUGAGACUAUCCGAAGGCACGAGGAAGACGAUGAGGACGAGUCAGAAGGAGAGACAUUCCUAGAGGAAGGCCUCGAGCAUACAAACUCGCCUGCAGCGACGAAUAUGUCUCUUCCAGUUCGAGGCCAGACUGUUACAGCAGACCAACCACGUCAGUCACCCCGUGGAAAGCAGAUCAGACCCAAGUGGAUGACUCGGAGGCGGAAGCUGGCUGACAUAGAAGAUCUUGACGAUGAUGUGCCCGCCUCCCUGCUCAUCGAAGGCGAGGAUGUUGGUCUUGGCCCGGGUUCCAUUGCUCUACCUCCUCCUCCAAGCCAGACAGCUGGCACCGAGCCUUUCGCGCCUGUUCCGUCAAUUUCACCGCCCCCUCGGCAUACAGGCGACCCGUCGUUCCUGCGACCGGGUCUUGGGCUUGCAGCCCGGCCGGGCACAAUCGCAUCACCACUCGCAACAGCGGAUCCUCGAUCUAUAGCUAUGUGGCGCUGGACCAAUGUCGUCAACCUUGACAAUUUUCUCUUGGAUGUCUAUAAUUACUACCUUCUUCAUGGCAUGUGGUCGAUAUUACUACGAAGGCUUUUCGGUCUACUUACUGGCGCGUUUCUUGUCGGCUUCUCGGUCUUCUUGACACAGUGCAUCAAUUACCACUCUGGUCUUUCCAACGUCGAGAGACUUGACCAAGUCCUGGUCAAGAACUGCACAAGAAAGAUGUCAUUCUUUCCAAGCUUGUUCUUGUGGAUAUUGGUAAUGCUGUGGAUCCUCUGGGCAUUCCAGUAUGCCUUCGAUCUGCCACGGUUGAGACAUUUGCAUGACUUCUAUUACUAUCUCCUCGACAUCAGCGAUGCAGAGCUGCAGUCUAUCUCCUGGCAAGAGAUAGUGAGCCGCCUGAUGGCGCUGCGAGACACCAACCCAACUGUGGCGGGCAACAUAUCAGCAAAAUCACGGCGGUACGCUCACACUCAGAGCAAGCAACGAAUGGACGCUCACGACAUUGCUAAUCGCUUGAUGCGAAAGGAAAACUACAUCAUUGCCAUGGUCAACAAGGAGAUCCUUGAUUUCACGUUGCCAAUUCCGUUCCUUCGCAAUCGCCAGCUCUUCACAAGAACUUUGGAAUGGAACAUUAAUUGGUGUAUCAUGGAUUUUGUCUUCAAUAAGCGUGGCCAAGUGCAGCAGACUUUCCUGAAGGACACACAUCGCAAAGAGCUAUCGGAAGCCUUGCGUCAGCGCUUCAUCUUCGCCGGAUUUGCAAACCUAUUCAUCGCUCCUUUCCUCAUCGGCUUCUUCCUUGUGCAAAGCUUCUUCACUCACUUCAACGAGUAUCAGAAGAAUCCUGGAGCCAUCGGAUCGCGAGAGUAUAACGUUCUGGCUGAGUGGAAGUUUCGAGAGUUCAACGAGCUCUGGCACCUCUUCAAGCGCCGCAUCAAUAUGUCGCACCCUUUCGCAUCGCGCUACAUCGAUCAGUUUCCGAAGGACAAGACCAUUCAAUCGGCCAGAUUUGUUGCAUUUGUAUCUGGUGCAGUAGUCUCAGUACUGGGCAUGGCCACUAUUUUUGAUCAGGAAAACUUUCUUGCUCUGGAGUUGACCCCAGGACGUACCGCAAUAUUCUACCUCGGCGUCUUUGGCGGCAUCUGGGCGAUUGCUAGAGGCAUGAUUCCCGAAGAUUCGCUGGUAUACGAGCCUGCAUUCGCCAUGACGGAAGUGAUCGACUUCACACAUUACUCCCCAAGUCAUUGGCACAAUCGACUCCAUACUGUUGAGGUGAAGCGGGAAUUCGAGCAACUCUACCAGAUCAAAAUACUGAUGUUCGUGGAAGAAAUUCUGAGCAUGAUUUUCACACCAUUUGUCCUGUGGUUCAGCCUACCUAAAUGCAGCGACAGGAUCAUCGAUUUCUUCCGCGAGUUUACGGUGCAUGUCGAUGGUAUCGGCUACGUCUGUUCCUUCGCGGAAUUCAAGCUCAACAAGCCUGUCGAGAAUCCUACUAGCACUCAGGUAGGCCGUGGCAAUGCGAGCAGACAAAGGAGCGAGGAUGGCCGCGAGAAUUACUUCUCCUCCAAGGACCAGAAACUUGAACAAAGCUACUGGGGCUUCAUGAACGACUACGCCAGAAAUCCUAAGGCCGACGUAAGAUUCCAUUACCAGGCAGCUCGUAAGCGGCUGAAUCUGCCCCCGCCUGUACCCGGACUUCCAUCUCCAACCUUACAAGCUGGGUUCGGCAAUCACCAUCUGGCUUUGCGCAGUGACUCCACGUUCUCACCUUCGCGCACCGCGACAGGACCGGUGAGCGCUUCCCAACAUGCAGGUCAGAGUGCAGGCACGCCACUUCAGUCAAUGCUACUCGAUCCUCACCAUCAACCAUCCGGCACAUUUGGUAAUGCUGCAGCAGCUAGGGAAAAGACACGGGCACUCUACGCGUCCCAAAAUCUUCCUCAGGGCGUGAGAAAUGCCCCAUUUCGUCCAGAGCAAGUCGCAGAAGCGAACGAGGACGCUGACGGAGAGCCCUCUUACCCAAAGGAGUCUGCGUCUGCAGCAAGUCAUACGGGUUCAUGGAGGUAUGACGAUGAUUCUGGCGAUGAUAGUCUCGAUGAGCAUGAGAAUGCUGUGCCACACGACAAUGUUGGAGUCAUUGGUCUCAUCAGACGUUUGCAGAAAACACAGGGCGAAGGCAAUCGUGCUGGUUCUGGGAUCUGA